AUGGGCACCAGGGAGUUCAUUGAGUUUUACUACGGGACGUACGACUCGGACCGCAAGUCGCUCGCCAGCCUAUACCGGGACGAGUCUUUGUUGACCUUCGAGUCCGCUUCUAUACUCGGUACAAAUUCUAUCAUUGAGAAACUAGAGUCCCUGCCAUUUAAGAAGGUCAAGCACGAGGUCUCUACAUUCGACGCGCAACCUCUCGCCAAUUAUUGCAUCAUGAUCUUGGUGAUUGGUCAGUUCUUUGCCGAUGAUGAGGAGCGCCCGAUGAACUACACUCAGGCAUUCCAGCUGAUGCGUGACAAGAACGGCCAAUACUUUAUCUCCAACGACAUCUUCAAGUUUGUAUUAUGCUAA